AUGACACCGCUGACGCUCUCGCUCGCUCACAGUGGCAGACCCGUGAUGCUGCUGCGCGCCUCGCUAUUCGUAUUUACUUGCCGAUCUCUGAGCGUGCAGUUUAGCCAGCACAAGACAGCCAAGGCACUGUACACUGCUGCAGUCGCCCGCUACUCUUCCCCAGCCACUGCAGCCCUAGGUCGUCUUCUCCUAGCCUACUUGUUCCCCGACCUGUCCUCGUUUACCACCGCUGAGGACCUCAUCUCUCACCUUCGCGCUAGUGACGCUCGCUUUUGUGUCGCCCUUCCAUACGAGUUCCUCGCCGAGAUUCCACCCCCGAUGUACUUUACUCUCUACUUCCUCGUCACCCGCCUCCCUGACACUCUUCGCUCAGUCAGGGACCACUUUCUCGCCCUAGACCUUGCCACUCUCACUAUCGCCGACUUCGAGAAGCACCUCAUUGCGGUCGAAAAGAAUAUGCUCGCUGUAGGUGCUGCUCGUGGCACUCCUCGCACUCCCCUCUUUGAGGGGUGCUCCCCCUCCCCUCUUGCCCCCUCCUACGCCUCUGCUGCUGCUGCUGUCGACUUCCUUGGUGCUGAGGAGGUUGGGGCUGCUUCCGCUCCUAGUGGGAAUCGCCACGGUGCCAGGGGCAGCAGGGGUGGCAGGGGAGGUGGAGGUGGCGGUGGAGGGGGCGGUGGUGGAGGCGGCGGGGGAGGUGGAGGUGGUGGGGGUGGUCGUGGGGGUGGAGGUGGUGGUGGGGGCGGCGAUGGUACUGGGAGCGGUGGAGGUGGCAGCGGCGGUACUGGGGAAGGAGGGAGCGAUUGUGAAAGUACGGCGGCUAUGCUAUGA